AUGAAUUAAAAUAGAUAAAUUAUUUAAGAAUAAGAUAGUUAUCAAUCUUGUUAAUUUUAAUCAAUAUUAUUAAACUUUUUGAAUCUAUAACAAGAUGAGUUGGUAGAAAUAAAAUAAGAAGAUAAAAUUAUAAGUUGCCCAUAAUAUCAUGCUUUUUUUCUUAUAGGAGAAUCUGAAAUACCAAAAAAUCAAUAGUCCUAAAUCAAAAUCUAAUUGUUAAAGGUAGGAAGUAUUAAAUUUGGAUUGGGUGAUUACAAAAGAUUUACUGAAUAAAACAAUUGGCCUGAUCUUCAAGGAAAUGUUCAUCAUGGGUAAUCUGAGAAUUUAUGAAUAUAGAUGUUAUCUUAUAGAUGAAUAUGGUUUUGUAUAUGAGCAUGGAAAAGAAAAUAAAAUAUAUAAUUUAAAGGAUAAUAAUCAAAAAUGGAAUUUUUAAAUGUGUGAGAAUGAUUAAAUAGUCCUAAAAAUAAAUUAAGAAAGAUAAACAAUGACUUGGAAAAAUUGUCAUAAGCCAGAGUAUAUUGUAAUUAAUUUUUCUAAAAUUAGGAAUUAAAUUUUGAUUAAAAAAAUUUAAAAUUACAUCCAUUAAUUUUUUUAUCAGGGUCUUCGAUAAAAAUAAUAAAUUAACGAGAAUGA